GUGUUCGCCGCACCAUCAUGGUCAAUUCUCAAUGGUUCAACAGCUAGACACCUUCAACUUGCACACGGGACCUCAAGAUGGGUAGAUGGAAUGCUGAUGACAGACAAGUUUACCAGGUCAGUCGUCAGUUUACGCUAUGAUCUUGCCUGGAAAAAGACCUGAGAACUGUCUCUCGGAUCAUGACAAACAGGGUAAGGAUGAGAUUGGUGAGUUCUUGCUUUUUGUGGAUAGUGCAUGAUAGUAGCAUGGAGAGCAGUAUAGAAAAUUUUUCACUCAAGGCCAGCACCACCGCAUUUGUCAGGACAGCAUUGUCGUUUCCCCAUGGGCUGUGCUCUUAGCAUGCAAUAGGUUUGGUAUGUUUCAAGGUGCUACAAUACAGGUGAUCUCAUUUUUCUGUGGAGAUGUGAGUGUGACAGUCAGGGUCAAAGGCUCUCAGUUCCAUCAACCCUUGGGACAGCAACGGGCUUAGUUCAGCUCUCUAUUCCUCUGUCAUACGCAUCAUGUCCACCACUGGCAAUGAAAACAAGAAAAGACGCCUUAGUUUUCAUGUAGAAGAUGUCCACAUUACCGUCACAGAGGAGUUGACAGACUCGGGUAAAAAUGUUGUUAAAAACGAUGCAAGUGUUCAAACAGACUCUUAUUUGAUGGAAGACACGGCAGAUCAUAAACUCAACAACCUUUCAAAUGAGGAAUUGAAAAUCAAGCUUGAAGAAAUGCAGAAACAACUCCAUGUCAUGUACUUAGAACGCGACAAGUAUCGAAAUUAUGCAAUUGCCGAGUCUCGUCAGGUGGGAUUAAUGCAGUUUGAGGUUUCAAAGAUGGGGAUGGAACCACCAUCCUGUGAACUGUACUCACAGGUUCCUGUGGAUGCACCCUCGCCUGCAUCACUCAUCAGUGAUGAUUGAAAGAUAGGAUUGUGUAACGGUAAUAAACAAUGUACGAAAAACUGUAAUGAAAUAUUAUAUGCAUAU